GUAAUUUUUUUAUACAUGUGGCAUAAGAGAGAGAGAGAAAGAGGAUUUUCGGAGGCGGGCGUCUUCCUCUUCUUCUCCAGCAUCUGGCGCCGGUGUGGAGAGAAGGCAGGCGACGCCCUCGCCGGAGAAACAGAGGUGGCGGCGGUGCCAGAUCUGGAAAAUGGGUGGAGGCAGCGAAGCAGCUGUGUUGUCCGCCAAGGUGAUAGCAGCGGCACCCGUUGCUGCCAGUCGAAGAAAGAAGGAGACCGCGCCGGGCUGGAGGAGACGACGUCGGGCGCAGCGGCGGCGAUGGCUGGAGCAGCGGCCGCGCCGAGCUGGAGGACCACUGCUAAUUUGAAGUCUAUUUGAAAAAUGGGUGGAGGCAGCGAAGCGGCUGUGUUGGAAGAAGGAGUGCGCCAGAUCGAAGGAAGAAGGACUUCCCGCUGGGCUGGAGGAGACGACAUCGGGCGCAGCGACGGCGAUGGCUGGCUGCUCGCCGGAGCAGGGGGAGCGGCGUCGGAUGGCCGUCUGGCCGAGAGGGUGAGAGGGGCCUGAGAGAGGGAAAGAGGUCGAGGGUCAGAGAGAGGGAGUCUGGGAGAGAGAGAAGGCGCCGGGCGGCGCCACCGUUAGCCGUCUGAAAUUAUGGCGAGGUGGGCUGAUUUGUGCAGCAGUAAUGGGGUCGCCGGGUGUAGGCGACCACCGCGCCGAUCUCUUCUGUUCACAUUCUUUCUUUCUUUUUUAAUUUUUUUUUUAAAGUUUGACAAAAACGACGUCGUUUUAAAUGCCCGGCGGGAAGUCCACGUCUGCAAUUUCCGGCUGCCACAUCAACUACGCUCACGCAGAUGGUCAACGCGGGUGCAAUUUGCGUUUAAAUUAAAAGUUCAUGUAUUUUGGGGCUAUUUUUGAAGCUCGUGUGCAAUUUGCAAAUUUCGUGAAAGUUCGUGUAUUUUCUGGCUAUUAACCCUUUAAAUUUAAUGUUCAAAUAACUUUUUUGUUUUU